AGAGAGAGCAGAUGUGAAGAGGACUAGAGAGAAGAGCGAGUAACUCACUGUUGUGUUUUUGGCUUCGUGGUGAAACCUUCUGGAGCUGGAGCUGCAGGACUGAGCGCUAUCAGGACCGAGCAGACACACACACACACACAGACACACACACAGACACACACACACACCCAGCUCCCCUGCAGUGGUGGAUAUGACUGGUCGGCUCUGUGGCGUGGUGGACCUGCACUGACAGUUGGGAGGAACCGGUUCUUCGUCCAGUCCGAUGUGUGACACGAUGAAGUGACUCCAGAACCAGAACCCCCCGCGGCUCCGCAGCUUUUUGAUGUUUCCAUCGAACAGAACACAAAAACAAAGAUGUCGGUGAAGCUGCGAUUCGACUCGCCCUCGGACGGAGGUCUGGUGCACAGGAGCCGCUCCUUCACCGGGUUCAGCUCCCUGAACGCACGACGCCGUCCGUCCUCUGCACGAAACUCUCUCCGCUCCAAAGCCACGUCGGGGGGGAAGUCUCGGACGCCUCACCCGUCUCACAGCAGAGCGGGUGGAGGGAUCUGGUCUCUGCAGCCGGACCAGGUGGACAGGGUCUUCCAGGCGCUGCGCCAAGGACUCAAGGAGUAUCUGGAGGGUCACCAGGCGGAGAUGGACUUCCUGUCGUCACAGCAGAGAGAGACCAAGAGAAACUCCAGACUGGCAUUUUUCUACGAUCUGGAAAAGGAGCUCCGAGCGCUGGAGAGACACAUACGUCGAUUGGAAUUUCAGAUCAGUAAGGUGGAGGAGCUGUUUGAGACGUACUGUAUCCAGUGGAGAUUGUGUCAGGGAGCCCUCAACAUGAAGAGAGCUUUCUCUCUGUCCCCGUCCACCAGAGCGUCCAGAGACAGUCUGCUGGAGCUGAGCCGCAACCACAGACACAGCCUGCAGGACAUGUCAGUGAUGGAGGGAGAGUUAGAAAUCCUCCUGGGAGAGCUACAUAUCAAAAUGAAAGGUCUGAUCGGAUUCGCUCGACUUUGCCCUGGAGACCAGUACGAGGUGGUGGUGCGGUUGGGCCGCCAGCGAUGGAGGAUCCGAGGGAGGAUCGAGUCCGACGACACGCAGUCCUGGGACGAAGAGGAGAUGGUCUUCCUCCCGCACAUACACCACAACUUCGACAUCAAGGUGACGGAGGCGAAGGGCAUUGGUUGGCUGCUGGUCGGCAUGGUGGCGUGUGCGAGCGCAGACUUCUUCGUGGCGCGGCCGCAGCUGAUGCUGGUCGACAUCACGGAACUGGGAACCAUCAAGCUGCAGCUGGAGGUCACAUGGAAUCCCUUCGACAGCGCGGAGAAGAUGAGGCCUCUGUCCGUCAGCAGACAGUCGGUGUCCAGCAGGAAGAGUUCCGUUUACAGCUGGACGGCUCCGAGUACCCCGUCCUUCACCGAGAAGUACUUCAUCUCGAUGGUGCGUGAGCUGCAGCAUCGAGAAGGUUCCCUCCCGUCCCUCGUGUCCAAGACUCGACACAACAGAGGAGACGUGUCCCUGCUCAGCUACCUGUCCGACCCCGUCCACAGCCCGAUGAGCGCCUACACCCCGAGUCUGUCGCGGGCUCACAGUUACCCCUCCAGCCCCAGUCAGGGCCCCAGUCUGGGGGGAAGCCAGAGCCAGCUCUCCCUGGGGGAGGAGGAGGGAUCCCUGGAGGGCUCCACGGGGGAGAGCGAGGGGAGGAAGAGGAUGGAUGAGAGGGAGGAAGAGGAAGAGGAGGAUGAGGAGGAAUGGGGAGGAGAGCUGGAGACGUCAUCGACACCAGUGCAGAGUAAAACAGGAUCUCUGCAGAGGUCCAGUACUCCUGACAUCCUCAGACAGAACCCAGCUGGAGGAGCAGAUCCUGAGACUCCCAGUGCAGCUCUGAGGCCAAACCCCGUCAGGGAGCAGGUGACCCCAGGUCCUGAGUCCUGCUCCUCCCCGGCCUCCCCCACUCUCCCAGUCCAGCUCCCAGCAGCAGCACCGACCCCGCCGGGGAGGUCGUGUGCGAGCGGCGCCCAGCGCAGGGCCCAGGCCCUCAGGCUGGGGGCCCUGAUCGCAGAGCUGGAGAAAACGUUACAGAACCAGAGUCGGUCGGAGAAAGAGCUGAGAGCGCUGGAGCACCAGAUCCUGCACCUGGCCACCAUACUGAAGAACGACCUCUCCCUGCUGAGAAGCUCGUCCUCUGAGGACACGCUGGCCGUGGAGGAAGUCCUGGGCAGCUUUGACUUCCUGUCACGUGACUUCAAUGCUGAUGAUGACACAUCCUGUCGGGGCAGCCUGAGGCUCAAAGACAGCGGCAUCAGCUCCUUCCAGCCGAGCACGCUGAGGAGCCGCGGCCUCUUCUCCCCCCACAGCCAAUCAGCUUCUGAGGAAGAGCUGGUUAUUGCCCCACUGACUUCUGGGAACUGGGGUCUUGACCAGGCUCUGGAGACUCACCUGGACAUUUGCCUCAUCCUGCUACAGAUGACGAGAGCCACUGACUUCAGCCUGUCGAGGACGGACCUUCUGGAGGAGACGUCUCUUCAGGCCGACGUCCUGGACCGAGUCAGCGCUCUGCUGCUGGAGAAGAACGAGCUCAUCUCUGCUCGGGACGUCCUCCCUCCGGCCCAGAGAACGAGGGAUGUGUUGUUGUUCUGGGAGGAUUGUGUGAACGACAGCAGCUCUCUGUUCUGCUGCGACUCCAGCAGCUUCAUCAGGACGCUGAAGAGACGCUACACGCACAAGGUGAAGGCCAAGCAGCCCGGCCAAUCAGAGAAAGUGUUCUCUCAGCUCCUGCAGCAGGUGCAGGCGUCCUGCCGCACGGUGCCCGGCCCCCGGUCGCUCUGCACCCCCGACAGAGUCACCGUCUUCCAGCUGUCGGUGUAUCUGCAGCGCUGGAGCGUCCAGGAGCUGGGGGGGCACAUCUCCCGCCUCUCCAAGGAAGAGUACUUCCUGUCGGCCCUGAGGAGCCCCAAACGGCGGCGAGCUUUAAACAAACUGAGGGGGCGGGGCAUCACAGAGCUCCUCCCACUGGGCUGCACGCUGCAGACCCUCGCCGCCCUGCAGGUCGACCCCAACCACAAAGUCUGCAAGGCGGCUGCCAGCUGCCUGUGCAGAGCUGCAGGCUGCAAGGCCUUCAGGAGCAAGGCGCUGGUUUACUACACAGAGAGUUUGAAAAGCACUGAGGUUCAAAUCCAGCACGGCGCCUGUCUGGCUCUGAAAUGCCUCAGGGCGACAGAGUGUGUGGACCACAUAGCAGAUUUGUGGAGAUCAGCGGAUGAGGAUCUCCGCGGCGCUGCCAGACAGACCGUCCUCUCUUUUGGUAAGAAGGGCUUCUCCGCCUUCCAGAGGAUGGAGCAGCUGUACACGGAGAUGCAGGAGGAGGCUUUUCAGAACCAAGAGACGGAGAUCACGAUUCUAUAGGAAGCUGUUUUUAUUUAAAAACAAAAGAUGAAACAUGAAGAAUCUCAACGAUCCUGAGUUUCAGGACGAGAGAGGAGAGGUCUACGAGCCUGCACUGAAGGACAAAGCCUCUUAUUCUGAAAACCUUCAUAAUAAAGGUGAUGUGAGCAGAGGAAGAGCCGAUGAUGGACAGACUGUCCAGUCAGAAAAGUCGCUUUUACUGGGACUUGAUUUCAGUCAAAUAUGAAAAAUAAUGUUCAAAAAUAAAAACAAUCUGUUGUGUUACAAUCUACUUAAGUUUUUUAACCAGAUAAGAAAAUGAUUCCUGCUUAUCCAGAGUUGGGACCAUUUCUGUGGGCCAAAAAAUCGGAGAUUUCACGAAUAACGAAAUUAUUAUAACUUUAUUCUAACACUUUUACGACAAUAUUCUAGUUCUAAUAUUAGGACUUAAUUCUCAUUACAACUUUAUUACUGUGAUUCUACAAUUUCAUUUUUGGAAUAUUCAAACUUUUUAUACGUAAUAUUCAAAUUGUAUUUUGUAAUAUAACAACUUUAUGCUGCAUUAUAUUAAGACUUUAUUAUGAAGAGCUCUGAUUUGUUUUCCUUUGAGUUGUGCUAAUACUCGGUUGUAAAUCUCAAUGGUUGUUUCACUGGAAAAUGAAGAAAACAUUUUAUUUCCACAAAUGUGUGUUUGAGGGAAAUAAUGUACAAACAAAUGUGUGGUUAUCUGGCUGCAGCUGCUGCAGGUGAAGAGCUGCGGAACGAGUGGACUUUGAUUUGAGACACAAACACAGGGGACAUUCACACAAAGGACAAACGUUUUUGUCUUAAUCUCCUUUUUCAAGCAUAAUUUGUAAAUAUAAUUUUAGUCUCAAUUAACAAGUUUGCUACAAACUACGGUUCAGAGCUAAAAAAUAAGGACACAACUAUUGUCACUGAUCAAUAUUUAAACCUCAUGAACUGUGUUUCUCUAGAAAAAAGAAAACUCUUUAGUUUCCCAUGUGGUUGUUGUUGAAGCUCACCUGAGACACAGAGGCGGGUGCUGCCCUCUGCUGGCUGCUCAGGGAACCAGAUGUUUGGGUGGGGCCCUGACCUCCGGAUGCUCUGUCCAUCAGACUGAGGUCAAACUGACCCGGGACCCAAGAUAUUCACAGACUGUGUGUCGGGUCCUAAAGUGUCAUGGCAAGACGAUGGUUGAGUUCUCUAUCUGGAGGAAGUCGUGGAGCCUGCUUCACGUUUCAGGAGGUUUUUUCCUGUUUGAGUGCAAAAGAUAUGCUACUCCAAAAACGUCACUACGAUUGAAUCAUUAUUUAUGUUAUGCGUAAAUGAGGCAGGAUCUAAAUGUUCAGCAGUUCAGUUGUGUUGUCUUCGUCCUGCAGGAACACACGCUGCAGAUUCUGCUUAUUCUUAAUCGGUAUAUGUUCUUUUCAUAGAGUUGAGAUGAGGAGUUGAAAUAAGGAGAUAAGGAGUGGAAAUAAGGAGGUGAGGAGAUAAGAUGAGGAAAUGAUGGGUGGUUGGUGGAACAGAUAAUAAUAAGAAAAAUUAGAAAGCAAAAGUACAAAUACUACAAUGUAGAAACACUGCGCUACUACGAGCAGAAAUACAAAAGUAUUACCGGCCAAAUGUACUUUAAAUACCGAAAGUAAAAAACACUUGUUAUACACAGCGACUCAUUUCUGAAUAUCUGCUUGUAGUUAUUUUUGGUUUGAAUCUUAAAAACUCCGAUUUUGACCGAGAUAAUGCAUAAUCUGCAUUUCAUAAAUCAAAAUAAAUCAUUCUGUCGUCGUGGAA